ACACGCCGUCUCAGAGAGUCCAGUUCAUCCUCGGGACGGAGGACGGAGACGAGGAGCACAUCCCCCACGACCUGUUCACCGAGCUGGACGAGCUCGCCUUCAGAGACGGAGACUUCCAGGAGUGGAGGGAGACGGCCAGGUGGCUGAAGUUUGAGGAGGACGUAGAAGACGGUGGUGAACGUUGGAGUAAACCGUACGUGGCCACGCUGUCCCUCCACAGUCUGUUUGAGCUGCGUUCCUGCAUCCUGAACGGCACCGUGCUGCUCGACAUGAGGGCCAACGCCAUCGAGGAGAUCGCAGACAUGGUGAUUGACAGCAUGCUGGCGUCGGGUCAGCUGGAGGAGGGCGUUCGAGAGAAGGUGAGGGAGGCCAUGUUGAGACGUCACCACCAUCAGAACGAGAAGAAGCUGAGCAACCGAAUCCCGCUGGUUCGAUCCUUCGCUGACAUAGGCAAGAAACACUCCGACCCCCAUUUACUGGACCGCAACGUUGCCAGGCAGCCAAUCAGAAACAGGUAUUUUCUCUCGCGCUUACAUGGGGAACAGCAGGAAGCCACUGAAGGUGCUGUGGUGGUUGCUGUUGUCCCAGAUGUGAGUGUCCUGCCACAGCACCAUCUUCAGCCUGUCGCCCUGCUCCAGCAGCAAGGCGGCGCCGUUGGACGCCGUGUCGCUGCCCUCACCGGACGACUGCUCGUGGACGAUCAGCUGGAUCUCAAGGUCGUUCUUGUAAAGAACGGCACUCAUGGGGAAGUUGGUGGGGCUGUUGGAGGUGAAACGGAUGUAGUAGACUCCACGAAUCGUGACUAUGGUCUGUGCUACCUGUCCCUGCGGACCAGUAUCGGACUCUGGACUGCCUUCCUCUGCCUGCUGCUGGUCGCCACCGACGCCAGCUCUUUAGUCUGCUACAUCACCCGUUUCACUGAGGAGGCCUUCGCUGCCCUCAUCUGCAUCAUCUUCAUCUACGAGGCCCUGGAGAAGCUGGUCCACCUCGGGGAGGUCUACCCCAUCAACAUGCACAGCCAGCUGGACAACCUCACCUUCUACACGUGUCAGUGUUCUCCGCCUGCCAACGCCUCAGCUGAAGUCCUGCAGAUGUGGAGCGCCAUAAACGGGACGUCAGAAAACAUCCAGUGGGACCAGCUGACUGCAAAGGAAUGUGUGGAUUUACACGGGGAGUUUGUCGGCUCGGCCUGCAGCCACGACGGCCCCUACGUCCCCGACGUCCUCUUCUGGUCCGUCAUCCUCUUCUUCACCACCUUCUUCCUCUCAUCCUUCCUCAAACAGUUCAAGACCAAGAGAUACUUCCCCACCAAGGUUCGAUCGACCAUCAGUGACUUCGCCAUCUUUCUGACCAUCAUGAUCAUGGUGUUAGUGGAUUAUCUGGUGGGAGUUCCCUCGCCCAAACUCAACGUACCCGACCGCUUCGAGCCCACGUCGAACACUCGAGGGUGGCUGAUCUCCCCGCUGGGUCCGAACCCCUGGUGGACGCUGCUGGCCGCCGCCGUCCCUGCUCUGCUCUGCACCAUCCUCAUCUUCAUGGACCAGCAGAUCACCGCCGUCAUCGUCAACAGGAAGGAGAACAAACUUAAGAAAGGUUGUGGCUACCACCUGGACCUGCUGGUGGUGGCGGUGAUGCUGGGCGUGUGCUCCAUCAUGGGCCUGCCGUGGUUUGUAGCGGCGACUGUGCUCUCCAUCUCCCACGUCAACAGUCUGAAGCUGGAGUCGGAGUGCGCGGCGCCGGGGGAGCAGCCGAAGUUCCUGGGCAUCAGGGAGCAGAGAGUCACCGGGUUCAUGAUCUUCAUCCUGAUGGGCUGCUCCGUCUUCAUGACCUCCGCCCUCAAGUUCAUCCCGAUGCCUGUCCUGUACGGAGUCUUCCUCUACAUGGGAGUGUCCUCGCUCAGAGGCAUUCAGCUGUUUGACCGCAUCAAACUGUUCGGCAUGCCGGCCAAACACCAGCCAGACCUGAUCUACCUGCGCUACGUCCCCCUGUGGAAGGUCCACAUCUUCACUGUGGUGCAGCUGUCCUGCCUCAUCGUCCUCUGGACCAUCAAGGCCUCGGCCGCCGCUGUUGUCUUCCCCAUGAUGGUUCUGGCUCUGGUGUUCAUCCGGAAGCUUCUGGAUUUCUGCUUCACCAAGAGAGAGCUGAGCUGGCUGGACGACCUGAUACCGGAGAGCAAGAAGAAGAGGGACGACGACAAGAAGAAGAAGGAGAAGGAGGAAGCUAGGCGGAUGCUGGAGGAGGCCGAGGACGAUCUGCCGUACAACGGAGGGAACGUCAUCGACUUCCCGAUCAAAACCCUGAAAGGACGCGUGGACCCAUCAGAGGUCAACAUCUCGGAUGAAAUGGCCAAAAGCGGCAUUUGGAAAUCCAUGAACUCUGAAAGCAGCAAAGCUCUGAAACGCAGCAACAGCCAGGAGAAGCUUUCGAGCAUCCAGAUAAACGUGGAGAACGAGGACGGUCGGAGAGUCGUGGACGCUGAGACAUCGCUAUGAUCCACCGGCGGGCAUUGGUGGGGAC